CUUCUCUGCACGCUCGCCUGCUCAUUUCGCACCAAAGUCUACAUUUGCGCUCAGCUUUGCCUUUGGAUACAGUAUUGGAUUUUUUGCUAAGCUGGCUUUGUGCUCGCGGCUCCUCGGAGACCGAACUAAAGGAUGGUCAGUCAGCACAAGUGUUGGGAAGCCUUUAUUUUUUCGCUGCCAACCUUUUAAUCGCUCUGGGGAGAAAUAAACCUCGCUGACAGUGAAAUUAGUCCACAUCUUCUCCUCCUUCUCUCUUUCCAACAUCCAGUUAUUGAGCGCGGAUGGAGGUGUCGGUCUUAGGAAUUGAGCAGUGCAGUCUGCGUAAGUGAGAGACCUGCGGAGAAGUUUGACUGCGCAUCGUCGUGUGUGGAAUGGACGAUGGAAAGUGCUGCAGCUUCGCAAUGAGGCGUCUGUGGUUCUGUGUCUUGCUUGUGAGCAUCACCUGCCGUCUGAGUCUCUCCCAGGAGGUAACUCUCAAAGACACAGAAUUAAAUAACAACAUUACCGUCUUCACGCGCAUCCUAGACGGUCUGCUGGAUGGUUAUGACAACAGGCUCCGGCCCGGACUGGGAGAGAAGGUGACGGAGAUCAAAACCAACAUCUUUGUCACCAGCUUCGGUCCAGUCUCCGACACCGAAAUGGAAUACACCAUUGACGUGUUCUUCCGCCAAAGCUGGAAAGAUGAGCGACUUUGCUUCAAAGGCCCGAUGGAGAUGCUUCCACUGAAUAAUCUCCUGGCCAGUAACAUCUGGACCCCUGACACCUUCUUCCUCAAUGGGAAAAAGUCCAUCGCACACAAUAUGACUACACCUAACAAGCUGCUGCGGCUGAAGGAUGAUGGGACUCUUCUCUACACCAUGAGGCUUACGAUCUCUGCUGAGUGUCCCAUGCAACUGGAGGACUUCCCCAUGGAUGCUCAUGCUUGUCCCCUUAAAUUUGGAAGCUACGCGUAUCCGGUCUCGGAGGUGGUGUACACGUGGACCAAGGGAGCGGCCGACUCAGUGGUGGUUGCAGAGGAAGGCUCCCGACUCAACCAGUAUCACCUGAUCGGCCAGGACGCGGGCACAGAGGACAUCUACACCAGCCGAGGUCAAUACACCGUGAUGAUGGCUCACUUUUACCUGAAGAGGAAGAUCGGCUACUUUGUCAUUCAGACCUACAUGCCUUGCUUCAUGACUGUAAUCCUGUCGCAGGUUUCCUUUUGGCUCAACCGAGAAUCGGUGCCAGCACGGACCGUCUUUGGUGUGACCACAGUGCUCACCAUGACCACUCUAAGCAUCAGCGCUCGAAACUCGCUGCCCAAAGUGGCCUAUGCUACUGCCAUGGACUGGUUCAUCGCAGUGUGCUAUGCCUUUGUCUUCUCUGCCCUCAUUGAAUUCGCCACAGUUAAUUAUUUCACCAAAAGGAGCUGGGCGUGGGAUGGAAAAAAAGCCAUGGAGGCCCAGCUGCCAAAGAAGAAAGACCCUUUAGCUCUGUCUAAGAAGCCAAACAACACUUGUUCAGCUGGUGUGAAUUACACAACCAACCUAACGAAGGACGCGUCCAUCUCGACUAUUUCAAACAGCACGGCUGUCCAGCUUAAACUGUCUGAAACCAAGGCCCCAGACCCCAAAAAGACUUACAACAGCGUCAGCAAGAUCGAUAAGAUGGCCAGGAUAGUGUUUCCUGUUCUGUUUGGGACCUUCAACCUGGUGUACUGGGCUACGUACCUCAAUAGGGAGCCAGUGAUCAGUAAAGAUCAGCAGAGAAGUCCUUAGUCCUUGAGUCAUAGACGUGUUUUUUUUAGCUAGCUGGAUAACGUUGCAUGUGCGUUGCUUCAGGAACAUUUAGCCAUGUUUGCUUAGAGUUUGUACAUGAUUUAAAAAGCUUAAUUUGUCAAACUUUACCACUAAGUUAUUGAUUCGUUUCUGCCGCAUUGUGGUCUUUUAAAAUUUUUUGGCAUUUGGCAUUUAUAUUUUCUCCUUGAGUCUACAUUCGAUGACGGCUCAGCGAAAGCCAAAUGCUAUGCAAAACAUUUUUACUGUGUUAUUAUUCAAAGCGGCUCUUACCUUUGUAACUCGGACUUUGUACAAAUGGGCUGGAGGUCCAGGAAUGUGAAGCUGGGCCCGGCGCAUGGAACUUUGCUUCCUUGUUAAAAGCAGAUGAAUAGCCAUGCUCGAUACGUUGCCUUCAGAGUGUGAUAACUCAUCAUGAAUGCACUGAAAUCUCCUGCUAUUACAUUUCUCAAAAGCCAGUUUUUCAAAUUUUACUUGAAAAUUGUUGCUUUUUGUUCAUUUUUGCUCAUGUUAUCUAUUUCGUACGGCGAGUUUUCAUUAACUGUUGUGUUUCUGUUUGUGUUGAUCCAAUAAAACAGGGACAGAUUUAAAGCUAAUGUGUUAGUGGCAGCUUCUGUGUAGAGAAUCCUGUAUGUAUGCAAGUUUGGUAGUAGUCUGACAAACAUGUAUAUAUGGCCUGCUUUUAGAAAGGCACCACUAAGCCAGUAAGGUUUGCUUCUAUGUAAUGCAUAUACAGCACCAGUGUCACUCUAGUCUAGCGCUUUAUUGACUGGAUAUUAGCAAAUGAUCCAAGUAGCUUGAGCUUUAGAAAUGUCGACAGAAUUUACAGUUUUUAGGCCACUUUAUUGUUUCUAUGAGUUUGGAUAAUAACUUGCAAAUAUUCUUGAUAAAUAUCUGGUUGCUUUGAGCAGAAUGAUGUACAGAAUCUUUGUUAAGAAAUGAUCUGAAUCUACAUUAAAUAGAAAACUCAUGAGUUAAAGGAAUAAUUGUAUAUUUUGUGGAAAUGAUUUGCUUUCUUGUUGAGAGUGAAAU